AUGGAAGCGAACACGGAUUCGGUGCGCUCGGAUAUCCAGAGAUGGAGAGCCAUUACCAACACCUGGAAUGAAACUGGGCAUCUCACCGAAAGAGUUGGGCUGAUUCCCAAGAAAAGCCACAAAGUCAAAGCCACCCUCCACACCCACAGCAAAGGCACAGCGAAAUCGCGGACACAGCCGCCGCGGACACUCAACACAUAUCUGGAUCGACUGGUUGUGGCCCAGAAAAAGGAUAUUGACUCGCUCUCCCGCGGGCCCAUGAGCGUUCGAAAAAUGAACACCACAUUCGAUGAGGUCAAGGGCAUUGAUCCGCUUUCCAAAGUCGUGCCUGGGCCAAGGACCGCAACCGCAUCGGCAGCCAACAGUGUUCCCUCACGCCCUCGCACUCAAACAGGCUCCGGCAGCUGCACCAUCGCCCAGAAGCCUGUCUCUGGAAAAUCGAGCUCUGCACGAGACUCACGAGCAGCGCCGAUCAAAGCACGCUCGGCUCAUUCAGAGACCUACAGUCAGGCCACAGGUCCGCCGAUGCCCGAUAGGCCCGAUAUUGCGCCGGAUGAUACAUCGCUGAUUCCAAGUGGAGAUGGUAUUCAUCAGGUGCUUGAGCAAUACGAUCCCGUUAAGCUGAUGGAGGCCAAGGAGAAAGCCCAGCACGAAGCACCCGCAAAUGUGGAGCCGCACAAACCUCGCGAUGUCACUAAUGUCGCGAUGGAACUGAAGAAGACUCGGCGCUUUAUCCCGAGUUACCACACAAGCUUCACCAAAUCGGACCAGUACCAAACACUCAAAACGAUUGACGAAAAGGUCGUCGAGGGAUCUUGGAAAUACAGGCAGGGAAGUUUUGCCAAGGCCGAUCGCCUUGCCGAGCUCCAGGACUAUGUUCAAACGGAAAUCAGAGCGCUAGGGUGCGACGGCUCCGGGCCAGAUCUGAGGCGUCUUCAGAUCUACAGUGUCUGCUUUGACCAAGUGAUCGCCGAGUUUAGAACUUAUGGGCCUUUGCUCGCAGAGAUCAAACGAGAAUACGAUAGAGUCAUUGCCACAUACAAGUAUGAUGAAAAAGAACGAGACUUUUUGCGAUCAAAAGUUCAAAAGUUGCUGAGUCAAAACGAAAACAGACUGUUGCUGAAGUAUGAGCGCAGGAAGUGUAUCAAACUGGAGGAGGAGACGGAUCGACUGGAUGCCGAGAAUCAAUUCCUCAAGUCCGAGCUUAAGCGCAAGCUCUCUCUCUACGCUGGAUAUUUGCCGGCAUCGGUGUUCCAGGAGAAAAGGAAGGAUGAAAUACUGCUCAAAGACUCAAGUAUUCGACGUCAUGCUAUUGGCGAGGAUCCCAUCACCGUCUAUGAGGGGCGCAUCGCUAAUCUCGAAGCAGAUAACGAGGCACGAUAUGUCGAUAUCAAAGCAUUAGAGCGAGCACUCGAAAUGGAUUAUGUUCCGCGCCAGCUACAUGAAAAGCUUGACGAUGGGUACAGAGAAGCCGAAAGCGAACUCCGAAGAAUUCGCGAGCGCGCCACCCAGCUUGAGAAAGAUCUGGCACAGAAGCAGGAAGAGCUCACCAAAACAGAGGCGGCCCUGCGCGAGAAGGAAGAGCAGUAUCUCUUUCUCAUCAGCGAAUACAAUGAACUCUCGGAGGCCAUGACCAAGCUGGGCAGUACCUCCAAUGCCAAGUCGGGAUCGGUCGGCAACGCAGCCCAAAAUCCUUCCGGCUCAGGUAUCAUCAGUACCGCGGCCGGCGUGGAUAAAUCAUCACCUGGGCUUGAAGAUGCUCACGCCAUCAGCGAACACCGGGAAAGUGCGGUGGCCCAACCAGAUGAAUGAUCCAACGCCAACGAACACGUCGACAGAGAGAUCCUUGUCGACUUAAUGACAUGCCUUAUGUAUGGCCCGGUGGGGAGUGUCCUGGCUGCUCCCUGUUACCCACUGCGAUGGUGAUGGGCAGUGAAGGAGCGGCUCGAGAUAGUCGGAAAGCAUCAGGCGACGAGGCGUGGAGCCAUUUUCCGUGACUUGCUUCCGUGGGUGGAUGAUUAUUGCCGUGUAUUGUCGUCCCAACAAAUGAUCCCAACAAGGAGGAUGCCCCGCCUCAUUUUUGAACGCUGCAAAUCUAUUCAUAUCGAUUGGCUGCAACAGUGGUAGUAGUGACACAAUCGAUUCGCAUCAACCAGCCAUCAAAUGGAAGCUCUCUAUGAUGUAACCAAAGAGCGACUCGC